UCAGCCAUCACACUGCCUGGUUUCUUUUCGCUUGCCACUCUGGAACCAUGGCGGUAGGCAAGAAUAAGGGACUUUCGAAAGGCGGUAAAAAGGGAGUGAAGAAGAAGAUUGUGGAUCCUUUCACACGCAAAGACUGGUACGAUGUGAAGGCACCUUCUAUGUUUGCCAACCGUCAGGUGGGCAAAACUCUGGUCAACAGGACUCAGGGCACCAAAAUCGCAUCGGAGGGCCUGAAGUUUCGAGUAUUCGAGGUAUCACUCGCUGAUCUUCAGAGUGACCAGGACGCAGAGAGGUCCUUCCGUAAAUUCAGACUGAUCGCCGAGGAUGUCCAAGGUAGGAAUGUCUUGACCAAUUUCCACGGGAUGGACCUGACAACCGAUAAGCUUAGAUCGAUGGUGAAAAAGUGGCAGACCCUGAUAGAAGCUAAUGUGGACGUUAAAACUACGGAUGGCUAUUUAUUACGAGUUUUCUGCAUCGGUUUCACGAAUAAAGAUCAGCUGAGCACGAGGAAGACGUGUUACGCUCAGCACGCGCAGGUCAAGAAAAUCAGACAAAAGAUGGUUGAAACCAUCACCGAGGACGUAACCAAGACCGACCUCAAAGGUGUAGUGAGUAAGUUGCUUCCUGAUGCCACAGCCAAGGACAUCGAAAAAGCAUCGCAGGGAAUUUAUCCUCUGCAUGACGUUUACAUCCGUAAAGUGAAAGUUUUGAAGAAACCUCGUUUCGAACUCAGCAAACUGCUGGAGUUGCACGGGGACGGAGGCGGUAACAAGAGCGAAGAAGUCGGGGAAAGCGGCUCCAAGAUCGACAGGCCGGAGGGUUAUGAGCCACCGGUACAGGAAUCCGUCUAAGAAAAUUCUUGGAAAAAAUAAAAGCAACACUUUAUCGUGUAAAUAAAUUAGUAAA